UAUCUGGGUACCUCCGCGAGUGCACCACCUCCAUUACUCUUUUCGUCACUUUUAUCAUCCAGGAACGGAAUGGCGCACUCAGGGUUCUGGUUUGGAAGGGAUGUGGAGAUCCUGUUCAGUGGAUGGCCUGUAAAUUACGGCCACUUCCAUUUGUUCUUGGCUCUGCUUCUUGUGUUCAUGCUAUCUGCGUUAGCCCAGAUGUAUUCAAUGACUCCCAUGACCACGCCCAAGAUGGUUCCUAAGAGCAUCAUCCAACACGCCGCUCUCCAUGGCUUCCGCACUUUGAUCACCUACUUGGUCCUCCUCUGUGUCAUUACCUUCAAUGUUGGAGUCAUAAUUACGGUACUCCUUGGACACGUCGCCGGCUACUUAGCUCUCACAUUGUACAUCAAGUACUACUACCCUGCUCCCGUUGCUUCUACUCCUGUAGAUGAUGUCAAAGCCUGAUGGGGCCCCCGUCCCCGCCUCUAGCUACCAUGUUUCUGUAUCUUUCAUUUUCAUGGCUAUCAUAAUUACUUAUAUGUUUAUCUAUACAUAGGGAGGUGAGUAGAGAAUAGAGGUUGUAUUCCUCUAUCACAAACUCAGUUGUAGUGUUGCAGUCACCGGAGCUUGUCACUUUCUUACUUUUUUAUGGUUGAAUUUGGAAUUUCCUACUGAUGCUUAUAGUGUGUUAGUUAAUAAAAGUGUUUAGUUGUUCCAAA